UCACAGAGAGAGAGAGAGAAUGUCAAGAUUGCGAAAACUGUUCCAAGCUUCUGUGGAUGCUACUAAGAGAGUUAUAUCUGGUAAUCUUGAUGAUUUGAUGCCACCACCUGAAAGAUACAUAUUCAGCUUCAAUUCCAAGCAAGAGUUAAGCAAAUGGCAUUUGUAUUCUGAUUCUGAAUUUGGAGGUUUGUCCUCUGCGUCUCUGCAGAUAACUGAAUCUGAAAAUGGAGUAACUUCUGGAAUCUUCUCUGGGAAUCUUUCUCUGGAUGUCACUGAGGGCUCUAAAUGGAACAUCAGAAGGGGUGGCUUCUGUGGAAUGCGUUCAAAAAAGUUUGAUGGUUUCAUUGAUUUGGAUUCUUAUGAUACUAUUGCUAUGAAACUUAAAGGAGAUGGAAGAUGUUAUAUAUCCACUAUCUACACGGAGAAUUGGGUUAAUUCACCUGGGCAGAUGGAAGAUAAUUCAUGGCAAGCUUUUGUUUAUGUGCCUAAAGGCAACUGGUUUAUUGCAAAGUUUUUCCUGCUAGACUAUAUUACUAGCUAUGCGGCAAUGUAAAUGGUAAAAAAUAGUUACCCUGAUGCGAAAGCUUUUCCUUUGGGACAAUAGGACUAGUAGGGUUGGGCAACGGUUGGGUUUGGAUCCAAAAAGCCAAAACUGAAGCAAUACAAUCGUCUAACAAUCCAAACCGCUUCCAUCCGAAUAGCCUCUUGGGUUGGGCGAGUAGCAGGCUCAACAGGUAACGGGUUAGUUGGGUGGAUUAAGGUGGGUAUAGGCUAAAUCUUGGAUUGGAUUAACUUUUGGUCCACAUCUUAGAAGAGAUCUGUUGCCGACAAAGCUAGAGAUGAGCAAUGAACUUAGAGAGAGAAAUAUGAGAAAAAUAAAAAAUACACAAAGGGAUCAGAGAAGCAGGAGAUACACUGAGAAAGAGAUGAGCAUCAUCAAAAGAUGAAGAAGUGUUAGAGACAAACAUCAACGUAAGAUGAAGCACUGUUAGCAACACUAAAGAUGAAGCACCAUCAGAGACAACCACAAUUGAAAAGUGACACCAAAGAAGAAGCACCGUUGAAGAUGACCACCAUUAGAGAUGAAACACCAUCAAUCCAUAAAAGAUGAAGCACUGUUGGAGACGAGUAUUAUGAAUAUGAUGGGUAACACGUGGCGCAAGAGCAUUCUCAAGUAGGUGAGAGUAAGAGGUUGAGGUCUAUGGUUUGUGGGGAGAGAACAACAGAAAUCUCAGCCCAACAACAGUCCCACUAGUGCAAGAGAAAAGAAGGAAGUGAGAGAGAAGAGAAGGAGGUGUGUGGCAGUGGCUAAGAGCAGAGAGCAAAACCCACAUCUAGGUUUUUUUUUUUCUUAAAAUUCAAAUUUUUAAUUUUGGUCUAACUCUAGAGUACAAAAAUGCUAUGGGCUUCCAACAACAAGAAAUUUUUACUACCCAUAUUUAAAGUUUAAACAUUUUUUUCCAUCCGAUUCUGACCCAAACCAGUUUGAUACUCAUUGUUUUGGUUCGAUUCAGAUUAGACAGGUUUGGUCAGGCCUUUUUGUUUUUUGCUCACUCCUAAGGACUAGGAAACUCAUACCAGAUAUAAUGAAAGCUCUUUGAUCAUUGCUCUUGUACCUUUGCAUCUACUUCCUUAUAAGCCUUACCACCGCAAUGUUUUCAAAAGGUCUAGGUUAUGAUUAGGAAUAGUGAGCCGUUUUGCUAUGAUUAUACAAAUCUGUAGAGCAUUGACGGUUUAAUACAUGAUUGUUGAAUUUGGAAGUUGGAAAGCUUCUGAGGCAUUAUAGGAGGCAGCCAAAGAAGUAUUGACACUUCAAAAUAGUAGUUAUGUUUGUGUCGUAUCCAUUUUAUUAUGUCUACAAUGAUUCAUGCUUGCUCUUUAAAUAUUGAUUCAAUGUUGACCUAAAAAUCAUGUAUUAUGUUAAAUUUAUACUAAUUUUAUACAUUAGAUUAUAGUUAUAUAGUCUUAUAACUUUUAAAAUUUGUCAUGUUCCUACUUCCAUGUCAUAUAAAGAAUAACCUUUUUAGAAGGCAGUUUUUAUGCAUAAGAAAUGUGUAUUACUUGUUUCAGGGAGCCUAUGCUUAAAUUUGGAAUUUCUGUAUUGUUAUAUUCAAAACUGCUUUUGUUAAUGUUAUCAUCAUCUGUCAUGGCUGCUACUCAUUAAAGAAUUUAGUAUUGACAUGGUGAGUGAGUAAACCAGGUUGAUCUAGGCAUUGCUGAUCUUACAGUUUGAAAUUGAGUGAAAAACAUAUGAUAGAAUAAUUGUCAUUUGAUUUUGUACCCUGUUGAUUUUCUAGAAAUGUGAAAGUUAAGUGAUGGAUAUCAUUGGCCCAUAUUAAGCUCUAAAGUGGCAAUACUUGCACAAUUGAUUGCAUUCUUUUCUAUUGUGAAUUUCUGACACUUUUAAGCAAUGGGGAUGUGCAUAGUAAUUUCAUUGAUUGACCAGAUUCCUCUUGCUCGAUAUUUACCUACUUGGAGAGGGAAUGUUAUAGAUGCACAAAUUGAAAUGAAUCCAUCCCGUGUUCUGGGCAUGUCUCUGUCUGUCAAUGCUGAGGGUGGAGUCCCAGGUGCUAGAUCUGGGCCAGGUGAUUUCAGAGUUGAACUUGAUUGGAUCAAAGCUAUGAGACAGAAUGAAGUAUAGGUUGCAAAUAAAAAUCUAAAAUUUUGCUCCUUUCAGGGUGGUAAAUUCUGACCCUUUUUGUAGAGUAAAUCCUUAUGUUAGUCUUCGAGAUUGUAUUGACUGGAGAUUUUAACCCGGAAGAAGUUAUUUGUUUUAGUCUUUUUUUGUCAUUUUGCAAAAUCAAGGACUAAUGUAGGAUUUUUGAAAAAUCAUAGACUAAAUGCUUGACUCAUACAAAUUCAAGGAUAAAUUUGGACAUUUACUGCCUUUAUGGUUCAUAAAGGAAAAGUACAUGUGGUAGUUAUCCCAGUGUCAAUGUUCAUCUGGUAUUUAUUACUGCUAUAGUAGGUCCAAUAAUGGCUUUCAUAUUCAUAUGAAAGCACUUACAGAAAACAAAAUUCAUUGUUUUCAUCAUAUUCAUUGUAGAAAAUCAAGAUUGAAUAUGACCUUGAAAAUAGUUGAUUAUCACAGACAUAAUGGGACUGUCGGUCGUCAAUAAGUGGUGUGAAUUUGAUAUAACGGCGGAUUACUACCAACCUUGGAAUAUGGCCAAAUAUCAUUAUCAACUUGUCUUGCACCCAUGCCUAAAUUAAAUCUUGCUGGUUUCAUGCAACUGUGAUCUUCUCAUGCUAUAGGAUAUUUACUUAUUACUAUGGUUUGUUAUAACUCUGACAACUUUAGCUUGAAAUUUAAUGGAUCUUUUGUCACAAGCAUCUUGUGAUUUGUCAUACUUAGAAUACCGAGUGUUAACUUUGACACAUUAUGGAACGCCCUGUAAAAGGGGUAGAAGAUUUUUUUUCUUCUUUGAAUACAUGCCACUACUUACUCUAUUAUUAUUAUCUUCUUGACUAUGGCUUUAUCUGAACAGUUGAUAUUUGAUAGGCCGGUGGGAUAUUUGAUUAUUUGUAUGACUUAUCUCAUGCAUUUUUCAGAAGAAAUAUCUCAUCUUAUCACAGUGCUAUCAGCCAAACCUAAGGUUAACGCUGAAAUUUCAAGGUUGUUACUGUUUAUUCAAUAAUUAACAUGUUAAAAGUAUUUUUGAAAAUAGUAUAACUUACUAACUACACACGUGUUUAAUAAUGAAUUAGGUGUUUAUGACAGGGCAGUGCCUAUCUAAUUCGUUUUCGUUGAAUAGAAACUUU